GUCCGCCGCCCCUUACUGGGGUCUUUGCCCUGAGGCUCAGUCAGUGCCGGAUAGUAGUAGGAGUAGGACGGGGGUGUGUGAAGUGGAUGUGUGGUCACCUGUCAACGCUACCCCGCCCCGGGGAAAGGGAGUGACCAGUCUUCCCUCCCCCCAUUAUUUGGAAGGGGGCAGCCUCCGCUCUUGUAUACACUUCCCUCGCCCCUCCUCCUCCGAUAAACUCUGUGACAAACAGUCCGGGAAGUGGUAUGUGGGACUGGGACACAUCACAGCAGCGGAGGAAGCCUUCAGUACAAGUACCGAUAGAGCAGUGUGAGAGCUGGGCUGCCAGUGUGCGCUGUAGGACAAGCGGAAGGGAUUGCAGGCUGGAAACUUUCUCAUGUGUAAGGAGUAGCCGCAGCAGCAGCGGGACAGGCGAGCCAAAGAGCAGCGCUAGUAACAACACGUGUGCUAAAAGGCUUCCAACUAAGCCACCACAAGCAGAAGGAGCUACAGGUACCAGGUGCAUGCUUGCUAUUGGAUACCGUCCGGCGCUGAACUGACUUUUCCCCAGGAACCUCCCGCUGCCAGCUACUGCUGCCCACCUGUGAGCAGUCCCCAGUCGGGAGCUGUGUGAUGCCGGGCGGCAGUCUGUUGCCGUUCAGUAGCGUUUCCCCGCUGGGGUCGGCCGGAGGAGGAGGGCUGGGUCCAGGCUGUUCCCCAGGGGGCGGGGUGUCGGGCCCCGGGCUGCUGUCUUUGGGCUCCGCGGGGAGGAAGCUGUCGGGGUUUCGGCUGACAGAAAAGUUUGUACUGCUGCUGGUGUUCAGCGGCUUUAUCACCCUGUGCUUCGGGGCCAUCUUCUUCCUGCCGGACUCUUCCAAGCUACUGAGCGGAGUUUUCUUCCAGCAGCCCCCGCCGCCUCAGAGACCCCCGACCGGACCAAUAGGGGGGGAGGAGGAGACGGAGGUCGGGGGGCGCCUUGCCCGGAUUCGAGAGGAACAUGAGAGGGCACUAAGGGAGGCCAAAGACACUCUGAACCGGGCACGCGAGGACAUCAAGAAGGACAUUCAGAGGGAUAAGGAUCGGAUAAUGGUGCAGGGUAGAGUGACAGCCGGAGGGAAGUUUCCCCCGCAUGUAUUUAAGCAGCCUGUGGGGGUAGUGGGCAACGAGCCGUCCGACCCGGCUGUCAAGCAGAAGAGAGACACCAUCAAAGAGAUGAUGAAAUUUUCCUGGGAUAAUUACAAACGAUAUGCAUGGGGAAUGAAUGAACUGAAGCCCAUACAGAAACAAGGCCAUUCAAGCAAUUUGUUUGGGAAUAUACAAGGAGCGACAAUAGUGGAUGCUCUUGACACCUUGUAUAUAAUGGGAAUGAUGGAUGAAUUUAAAGAUGCUAAAGAAUGGGUGGAGAAGAAUCUAGUAUUCAAUGUGAAUGCUGAAGUUUCAGUCUUUGAAGUGAAUAUACGAUUUGUUGGUGGACUCUUGUCAGCCUACUAUAUCUCAGGGGAAGAGGUCUUCCGAAGGAAAGCUGUUGAACUUGGAGAGAAACUGCUACCUGCAUUUAAUACUCCAACUGGAAUUCCUUGGGCAUUAUUAAAUAUUAAGAGUGGUAUAGGUCGUAACUGGCCGUGGGCUUCAGGAGGAAGCAGCAUUCUAGCUGAAUUUGGGACACUGCACUUGGAGUUCAUGCAUCUAACUCAAGUAUCUGGAAACCCAAUUUUUGCUGAAAAGGUGAUGAAUAUACGAAAGGUUUUAAACAGACUGGAUAAGCCUCAAGGAUUGUAUCCUAACUAUCUGAAUCCCAGCAGUGGGCAAUGGGGCCAACAUCACGUUUCCGUUGGAGGAUUAGGAGACAGCUUUUAUGAAUAUUUGCUGAAGGCAUGGCUUAUGUCAGACAAAACAGAUGAAGAAGCCAAAAAGAUGUAUUAUGAAGCUGUUCAGGCAGUGGAGACUCAUUUGAUUCGCAAAUCCAGCAGUGGCCUAACCUACAUUGCUGAAUGGAAAGGAGGCUUGCUAGAGCACAAAAUGGGGCACCUUACUUGCUUUGCUGGUGGCAUGUUUGCACUUGGAGCUGAUGGAGCGCCUGAAGAUAAAACUGGCCAUCAGAUAGAGCUUGCUGCUGAAAUUGCACGUACCUGCCAUGAAUCCUAUGAUCGCACAACUAUGAAACUGGGACCAGAGGCUUUUAGAUUUGAUGGUGGAGUUGAAGCUAUAGCUACAAGACAAAAUGAAAAAUACUAUAUCCUGCGACCAGAGGUCAUUGAAACUUAUAUGUACAUGUGGAGAUUCACUCACGAUCCAAAAUAUAGACAAUGGGGCUGGGAAGCAGUACAGGCACUGGAAAAGUACUGCAGAGUAGAAGGUGGAUAUUCUGGAGUUAGGGACGUUUACUCGGCUCAUCCAAAUCAUGAUGAUGUACAGCAAAGCUUUUACCUUGCAGAAACACUCAAAUAUUUAUACUUGUUGUUUUCUGAUGAUGACCUACUUCCUCUAGAACAUUGGAUUUUCAACACUGAGGCCCACCCAUUGCCCAUUAUUGUUAAAAGUGAAACAAUACAAAAUGGCAAAUCCAAAUAAAAAGCAACAAGGGGACUUCUUUCACGUAACUCACUGCAUUCCGCAAAUAACUUUCCAGGAAUUUAGACAACAUUUUUAAUUCUUCAGUUUGGUCGUAUUUCAACUGCUUUGCAGUCUGUUUAUUUUAAUCUUCUAAAUCUUUGGAUAAUCCUAGAGCCAUUCCUUUGUGAUGUAAUAAAUGACUGUGAAUCCGAGACACGCUGUGUUUCCCCAUGGACCUGACUUUUUGUUUCUCAUCAACAGAUCAAUGCAUUCUUUUUUUCUAAAUGUUCCUUUAAUUUGACUGCAAAGAUCCUUUCUCCUCUGUGAGGAGAUUGUCUGCUUCAAGCUGUAAUUUUGCCAUGUUGCAAAAAGCCAUAACAAAUAAUGUAAAAUAAUUAUUUUCCUUUCCAACUAUUUGUGAAUCAGAUAUAUCUGAAAAUCAUGUAAAAGAAAAUGUGUAACUGUGACAUCCUCUUCUUAUGCGGGUUUUUCUUUAACUUUAGUCAAAUAUAUAUAUUUUGAAGUAGUUCAGUACUAAUGACUGUGGUAUACAACUUUUUCUCAGACCACGCCCACCUUUCUUUUUAUGCCAUAAAAAGAAAAGCACUAGACCUCUCAAUUUUAACAUAUAUAUAUAACACCUUGGUUACAAAGAGAACUGUCCACCAGCUAUAUGUGUAAAAUAACAGUAUAAUUUCAGUUUUUUUUGCAGGCCUUGACAAAACAUUGCUCAUUAUGAUGGAGUACUUUCUACCUAGUUUUGGUUCUUGUGAUCAUAGGUGCAAGUUUGCACCAAUCUAAUAAUCCAUAGUAACCAAUUAGCAGACUGCAUUUACUUCACUGCUGUUUGUUAGCAAAUAUCUGGUUGCUAGAACUGGGGCUGCAUCUAGAGUUUCUACCUUUUUUCUUUGGGGAAAACGGGCAGGGGGCGGGCCCGGGUGACUUCAGAGGCAGGACAGAUUAUGUCGGGGGCGUAGGGGGUGGGACGGAUGACGGCGGUGGGACUGAUGAUGUGGCAAUCAGCGAUUGGCUGAUCACCAUGUCAUUCACUUCAAUGUCCUGUUUGGAUUUCCUAAAAUCGGGGUGAAAUCCAGACAAACCCUAGCUGCAUCUGUUAAACUUGCUCUUGCCCUUCACUUAAUUUUUUUUAUAAACAUUGAAUCUUUUUCUUUGGAAAGCUUCUGCAAGCUUUUGAAUUCAUUGCCCAAAGCAAAGAGAAUUUUGAGGCCAUUACAAUAAUUGUUCUUCAACCAAUAAACUGUAAAGUUAUUUUUUAAGCUUUUUCAAAUUUCAGUUUCCUUUUAAGAGUAUAUUUUUGAGAAAAAAAAAAUCUCAUUUAUGUGAAACAUUUGCAAUCGCAUUUGUUAACUGUUCAUUUCAAGGGGCGCCUACUGUAUACCUUUCUAUAAAACUGUUAUAAAGCAUUUCACAUAUGAGGACUAAUGGGGGAAUGUAAUCAAUGUGCACAAUGGCAAAAAAAUGUUGUAUUAAUUUGACAAAAGGUUUUGUUAAUCUCCAGAAGUGUUUUGUGACCUUUCUGCCAAUGGGAAAGUGCACAUUUCAAGUAAUACGACUAUUACUUGAAAAAAGAAAAACGAAAUUUGAAAUGUAAUAACUGUGUAAUGAACACUUUUACAUCACAGAACCAAUUUUGUUCUUAUUAAUGAAAAUUAUUUUUCCAUCUAUGACUUUUAUUACAUUUUCCAGCACCGUUUGAGUGAAGGAUGCCCAUGUGUAAUGCCGUGUGCUCAUUUAUUCAUUCAUUUCUGGCUAUAGUGCUUACAGUGUAGAUUGCAAGCUCAGCAUUUCCAUUCCUCAGCUGACAUUUGUCCAUGUGGCACCGACAGAGCUCAGUGUGCCCUCAUAAGCAGUCGUCUUUACUGCUCUACUUUAACAUGGUUUUUAGGUUUGAUAAGAGCAUACCCAAUAAAUGCCGAAUUGAGAUUUUUUUAAACAAGCCCAGGUUACAUUUGCAAUAAGACUUUUCUGCUAACCUGGGUGAUCAUAUUGUGAUGUACCACUGUUUUUUCUUUUUCUAGUUCCAUAAUAGAUAUGUUUAAAUUUUGUAAUAAAAUCUAUACAAUGGACCUGUAAAACCAUCACUUUGAGAAAUACUAAAUUAUUUAUAUAGGGAAGCUAUAGCUGAAAUACAAGAAGUGCUUGGUGAGAGAGUAUUGAUCCUUCACUCUACUGCUGUGGAAAAUGACCUUCUGAACAGACUAUUAACUAGGAGCAAUCUUUCUUCUUUUUUUUUUUUUUUCUCAAAUCCAUGCCUUUUAAAGUUGUUGUCUAGUUCUUUGCCAGGAAUAUACCAUCCCAUAGCAACACAGCAGUGGGAAAACUAGGGCUAACUUCUGCAUCCCAAUUUAGGAACCCUGUCAAGUGUCAUAUAUUUGAUUUGCUGUGCCCUUAGAGAAAGAACAACUAAUAUCGGGCAUAAUUUCUUGCUUUCCCUUCUGCAAAAGGAGGCCACUCCUUUUGUAAGGCGAGAAAACACCUUUUUUUUUUUUUUUUUUUUUUUUUUUAUU